AUGAGGCAAUGGAAGACGGAUGCGACGAUGAGGAGACAAGGGUCCCGACUGCCAUCCUGGCUAAGGAAUCGGCCGGACAAAGGCAAGGGUAAAAGCAAGAACAAGCAGCAGGAUCAGCCCCGAGACCGUUCCCCGCUUCGACAGGCCAGACACCCGGAGCAGACUUGGGAUAGGGAUGAGGAGAGUGCUUCGGAAUCUCCGGUGGGUCCGGUACGCCUACGGGAGAGAGGAGAAGACAGUGCGGCCUCGCACCAAGCUGAGGGUGUCAAUGAAGAGCAAGAGGCAAACCAGCCUCGCACAGUCACGCUGGCGGAAGGACCAGGUGCCCACAAUAUGGCCUCGCACGAAGCUGAGGGACAGGAGCAAAAGGAAGCAAUGGGGCAAGUCAAGCCUGUGCACCUUUUGGUGCAUAAGCUGCAGAACCAGCAGAGGCCAAGGACAGCGCUCCACUGGCUUGGGGAGGUCCAAUUGGUCCGCAACCCAACGACAGGGCAAAGCUUACAGCCUAGGGUGCUUCCCUUUACAGGUGCGGGGCGCACUCGACGAGGAUAUGCUCUGGAUCGGCUAUGGGUCAUGAAACUAGCGAUGGAACCCCAGAGCUUUGGCAACGAAGCAGGGUACGGGGAACAAUUCCCCACCCUGGUCACCAGGACCCUGUGGGCAGGAUGGAUUGGAGUCCUUUUCGACGAGGCGGUGGAGGGUUACUACCACCACUACUUCUAUGGAAGUAUCAUCCGCAGGGCAGAGCUGUACGCCUCCUGGAGAAAUAUGACGAGGAGCUACUGGCAACCAUGCGUGGAUUGGUCAGAACGUACGACGGCAAAGCCAGCGCGCUUUGGAUGGCGUGCGUAG